AGCAAUCCCCCAGCACUGAAAAGAGAAUCACUUCUCCCCGUGGGUGGCACCUCCAAGGAGAACGGGGUUCACGUGGAGCAAGAUGAUCAGGACUUAUUUGCAGAUGCCACUGUGGAGUUGUCUCUAGACAGCACGCAGAACAACCAGAAGAAGGAACUGGCCAAAGCAUCUAAUCCUGCCCCCUCUUUAGAAGGAGCUGCAAGUUCUUCUAAAAACCCUCCAAAGAGCUAUGAGGAGCUGGAAGAAGAGGAACAGGAGGACAAAUUUGAGCUGACCGUGGGAGUGAGCGACCCAGAGAAAGUUGGGGACGGGAUGAACGCGUACGUAGCCUACAAAGUGUCAACCCAGACGAGCAUGCCGAUGUUCAGGAGCAAGCAGUUCUCAGUGAAAAGGAGGUUCAGUGACUUUCUGGGUCUCUAUGAGAAGCUGUCGGAGAAGCACGCCCAAAACGGGUUCAUUGUUCCUCCGCCGCCUGAGAAGAGUCUCAUAGGAAUGACCAAAGUGAAAGUUGGGAAAGAAGACUCCUCCUCUGCAGAAUUCCUUGAAAAACGACGGGCUGCUCUAGAGAGGUACCUACGGAGAGUGGUCAGCCAUCCAACGAUGCUGCAGGAUCCGGAUGUCAGGGAGUUCUUGGAGAAGGAGGAGCUACCAAGAGCAAUAGGCACCCAGACCCUGAGUGGAGCAGGAAUACUGAAGAUGUUCAACAAAGCCACGGAUGCUGUCAGCAAGAUGACCAUCAAGAUGAAUGAAUCGGACAUAUGGUUUGAAGAGAAGCUGCAGGAGGUGGAGUGCGAGGACCAACGGCUGCGGAAGUUACACGCUGUUGUGGAAACGCUGGUGAACCACAGGAAAGAGCUGGCGUUGAACACGGCCCAGUUUGCCAAGAGCCUGGCCAUGCUGGGGAGCUCGGAGGACAACACGGCCCUGUCCCGGGCACUCUCCCAGCUGGCUGAGGUGGAGGAGAAGAUCGAACAGUUGCACCAGGAACAGGCUAACAAUGACUUCUUCCUCCUGGCUGAGCUCCUGGGAGACUACAUCCGUCUGCUCUCAGUUGUAAGGGGAGCCUUUGACCAGCGCAUGAAAACCUGGCAGCGGUGGCAGGACGCUCAGACCAUGCUGCAGAAGAAGAGGGAGAUGGAGGCCAGGCUCCUCUGGGCCAACAAACCCGACAAGCUGCAGCAGGCCAAGGAGGAGAUCUCGGAGUGGGAGUCCCGUGUGACGCAGUACGAAAGGGACUUUGAGCGGAUUUCUGCUGUCCUCCGCAAGGAGGUGAUACGGUUUGAGAAAGAGAAAUCCAAGGACUUCAGGAACCAUGUCACCAAGUACCUGGAGACAUUGUUGAACUCUCAGCAGCAGCUGGUGAAGUACUGGGAAGCAUUCCUGACC